AUGCCUGGCGCAAGUGUCUCCGUUCUCCCGCCUCCAGCGGCCUCGACGCAAUCCUCGCGGAAAGCUCCCCUGGCACCGGAACGCAAGUACAAAUGCCAGUUCUGCCACAGAGCUUUCAGCAGGAGUGAACAUCGCAGUCGUCAUGAGAGAUCUCACACAAAGGAGCGACCUUUCAAGUGCUUAAAAUGCCGAAGUACCUUUGUCCGCCGUGAUCUCCUCCUUCGCCAUGAUCGUACCGUUCAUGCCAAGGAUGGAGGUGAGCCUCUUCAUAGCGAUGGAAAACGCCGUGCCGGUCCGAAGACCCGCAACGUUGGUCCUGCAAAAUCGCCUCUCCCGCUGGAUACUUCGGCGCUAGAACAGAUGGAGGCCGGUAACGAUGGGAUAUUUGACGUUGAGGCUGCUGCCAUGCUUGUUGCGGAUCUCCACCACAAGGCGACCGCCGCCAUGCGUGGUGAGGAGAGUUCGUUUGAGGACAACUCUUCUAUGGUCUAUUCGCCUCACACUUCGACUGUGAUGGACUCGGCUGUGACAUACCCAAAUGGCGCUAUCGCACUGCCACAGGUACAAUGGGAUGGCUUCAUUCCCCAAUCUGUGACUGAGCCCAAGGCGCAUUCCAUCACGUCAAGUGCCUCUUUUGAAUCCCAACAAACCCUCCCUGGGGCAAAGCAUGUUCAGUCAAACCCCAACCAGUUACCACCGAUUGCUAGCCAGAAUGUCAACAAUCUUGUCCCAGCACUUCAAUCCAUGAUUGGGUCGCUUCCAAACUCGGGUGCUCAAACGCCUGUUCCUCUCCCCCCCCUGGCGGAUGCUUCUCACGCCGGAUUCACUGCUCCUCAGGUUGCCAACGACGAGGAACGAAAUGCAAUUCUUGACAACAUCCGCAACUGCGACACGGAACAUGCUAUCCCUGCUAGCUUUAGACUGCCUGGGCUGGGGUCGAUAAAUCGAUACUUGUCAACUUAUUUCGGUUUAUUCCACCAUCACUUGCCCUUCUUGCACCCUGCUUCCUUCAAGCCUUCCAAGGUGUCGCCACCUCUACUGCUAGCUGUCUUGAGUAUUGGUGCACUCUAUGCCUUUGACCAGGACCAGGCCUACAUGCUUCACAUCGGGUCUAAGCUUUUGGUGAGCCAAUUCCUGCACAACAAGGAGAAUUUCAGUUCCCGCAAAUGCCCUCUGUGGACGAUGCAAGGUACCCUCUUGAACAUGAUGUUCACAUCGUGGAGUGGCGACCCCAAGGGCCUGGAGUGGGCUUGUUCGAUUAAGAGUCUGCUCGCCAACAUGGUAGCUGGCAAUCAAUAUGAGCUGAAGCUUCGACAGGACGCUCGAGGGGGCGCCAGACCAAGCCGAGCCGAGUGGGUUGAGGACGAAGGUUGUCGUCGUACGUAUUAUGCAGUCUACAUCUUUUUUGGACUGCUCACGCUAUCGUACAAUCACACUCCGGCCAUGGGCUUCAACGAAUUUGAGGACUUGCAGCUGCCUUCAACUGAGGCUAUGUGGAACCUCCAAGUGGCGGAUGAGGCAACUUGGGCUGAUUACCUCAAGGCAUCUCGUGAAGCUACUUUUAUGGAUUCGCAUGACAAAUUGUUCCAGGGUGAGACUGUCCGGUAUAGCGCUUUCUCGACUCGCGUCAUGAUCAAUGCGCUAUUCUUGGAAGUUUGGUAUCACAAGCGCAGCCCAGAAGCCCUCCAAGACGUGGUCACUGAGUACAAGCUAAGACUUGCAUUGGAGACCUGGGAAAAAUCACUCGAACUCUGCGAACCUGAGUCUGUUCCCGUCCCGCUCAGUGCGCCUCACAAGGGACACCCCCUGAUUUUCAAUGCGAAGGCCCUCUACCGGAACGCUCGUGCCAGGCUCGAGGUGGAUCUCAAGACAGUUCAAGAAGCUCUUCGUUACCAUGAACCUUAUGAAGUGGCUGCCAUGAUGUCUCAUGCUCGCGAUCGCGUAAAGCGUUCGAGCGAGAUGCUCAAAGUGAUUCAGGAGUGCUACAAUUGUCUUGAAAUUGCUGUUGUCCAAGGCGUUCGAUGGGUUGCUCGUACUUCGCCUACCAACUGGAGUGUCGAGCACCCCCUCUGCGGAUUUGAUCUCAUGAUUAUCCUCACGCUCUGGCUCUAUCGCCUGGAACAUGACGAGGAGCCAGCAACGCCAGAGGAGCUGUUCAUGUACAACAAGAUCCGUCAGCUGUUUGCGAAUGAAUUGGAAGAGGGCUAUAUGCCCCAGCUUUCGUCAACUGUGGCUCGUCUAUGGGCUUCCAUGUUAGAAGAAGUGGUAGUUUGGGGAAUUACUCGUUUGAUGGGUGACUCUUUCAAGCUCCACUCGCAGGCUCUCAUUGGCUAUGUUGAUGAUCCUGAGGCUUCCUCGAACGUCUCAACCCCUUCUAUGACUUCUCAAGGAGGGGACGAGGACAGCGUGUACUAA